CCAGGACAGGCUCCAAAGCCAACAGAAGUCUUUGGAAUGUAGUUUUCUGCCCUAGUCCAUAAACCUAACUAGUUCUUGUCAGUUCAUCCAUGAAACCACAGCUUUGCUUUAUUUUUUUCUUCCUCCUUUGCCAGGGUCACCUGUCCUCUAGGGCGAAAUUAGCACGCCUCUUGUCUUGACUGCCUAACAAGAUCUCAAUUUUCAAGGCAUACUUACCAUCAGGAAGUUUGAAGAUAGUAUGGUCUGAAUUCACAGUGAACUUCUGAACAUCGAAGUUGUGUUGACCAGGCUGCCUGGUCGUAGGUUCUUGACUGUCCACGAUGGGUGAGCCACAGCAAGUGAGUGCGCUUCCACCACCGCCAAUGCAGUACAUCAAGGAAUACACAGAUGAAAAUAUUCAGGAAGGCUUAGCUCCCAAGCCUCCCCCUCCGAUUAAAGACAGUUACAUGAUGUUUGGCAACCAGUUCCAAUGUGAUGAUCUCAUCAUUCGCCCUUUGGAAAGUCAGGGCAUCGAACGGCUUCAUCCUAUGCAGUUUGAUCACAAGAAAGAACUGAGAAAACUCAAUAUGUCUAUACUGAUUAAUUUCUUGGACCUUUUAGAUAUCUUAAUAAGGAGCCCUGGGAGUAUAAAACGAGAAGAGAAGCUAGAAGAUCUUAAGCUGCUUUUUGUCCAUGUGCACCAUCUUAUAAAUGAGUAUCGACCUCACCAAGCAAGAGAGACUUUGAGAGUCAUGAUGGAGGUCCAGAAACGGCAACGUCUGGAAACAGCGGAGAGGUUUCAGAAACACCUGGAACGAGUAAUUGAAAUGAUCCAAAAUUGCCUUGCUUCUUUGCCUGAUGAUUUGCCCCAUUCAGAAGCAGGGAUGAGAGUUAAAACUGAGCCCAUGGAUACUGAUGAUGGCAGCAAUUGUACUGGACAGAAUGAACAACAAAGAGAGAAUUCAGGUCACAGGAGGGACCAGAUUAUAGAAAAAGAUGCUGCCUUGUGUGUCCUAGUUGAUGAAAUGAAUGAAAGACCAUGAAAAGUAUUUUUUUCUUUUAGUGAGUAACAUCAUAUAUUAGUUUAUUUUCUCUUGGGCUGUCUUAAGAGGUAUAACUAAAAAUAUAAAGGGACUUUUUUCUCAGUUGAAAUGCUAUAACAGUAAGCAUAGGCAAGCAAGUAUAUUUGAGUAAUGACCAUAAAAAAGCAAAAUGUUUGCUAUUGUAUGGGAUAGUCCUAUUUUUGGAGUUGGAAUAAAAAUUUGAAGUAAUAAUGAACUGUCAUUCUUGGGGGAAAAAGUUAUUUGCUUUAAGACUAAUAAAGGGCGUCAAAGUGUACAUAAGAAAUUAUAAAAUGUUUAGACUUCUUCCAGAACAAUACAGAAGCUUUAUUUUCCUGUUCACUAUUCAAACUCGGCAUCACAGCUUUUUCUCCUCGUGUUCCAUAGAAUAUUUGUUAGGGGCUCUCCCUUCCCCCAGUCAGGUAAUUAGUCUUUAGUCACUAAGUUAAUUUGCUCAUUUUAGUCAUUAAGAUAGCUGUGUGCUAACUAUACAUUUCCUUGUCUCCCCCCCUCCCCCCAUAUCUGUCCAUGUAAGUGUGAGUGCAGUGCCCACAGAGGCUAAAUGGGAGUUGACUUUGGGAGCUGGAGUGAAGGUGGUUGUAAGCCAUUUCUGUGGA